GGGUGAUGAAUCUAACAGAGGUUAGUUCAUUUUCUUUACUUGAGAGAGAACGAUAAAGCACGGGCCUACUACUGUUGUAACAUCGUCUUCUCCUUUUCAUCAUCCUCUCCUCAGCUGUUUCUAGUACGAAACUAUAAAUACGGUUCCCAACUUCCCAAAGUUAUCGUAAACGCUGAACAAAACCCCUCAUUCGGAAAAAAUGACUGAAACCGCUGCACCGGAAGUUAUCGAAAACGCUGAACCCGCGGAGGUUUCCGCCGUCGAUUCAGCAAUGAAAGACGAGAGCAAUCAGAAGCGUACAAGAGAUGAAGACGAAAAAGGUGUUUCGAAGAAGCAAAAAAAAAAGAAGAAGCAAAAGGUGGAGGCGGAAGAGAAGAAAAAGGUGGUGGAGGCGGAAGAGAAGAAGAAGCCGUCAGGUCCUGUGAAAUUAGGUCACAAAACUUUCGCCUCUUCUUUGGAAUUGUUCGAUUACUUCAACACUUUUCUUCAUGCUUGGCGUCCUAAUCUUAAUGUUAAUAAGUAUGAACAUACAAUGUUACUGGAAUUGCUUAUGAAAGGUCAUCCAGAAGCUGAAAAAAAGAUUAGUGGAGAAACCUGUGCUUUCCAAGUCCGGAGGCAUCCUACAUGGAAAAGCAAGUGUUUCUUUCUCAUUAAGGAGGAUGAUUCAGCUGAUGAUUUUAGCUUCCGUAAAUGUGUGGAUAAUAUUCUUCCCUUGCCAGAAGCGAUGCAAGUGAAACAUGAUGCAAACACAGCAUUAGCUUGUCCUGGUGGAGGAAAGCAUCGCGGUGGUGGGAAAAAGGGAAAGUCCAAACAUUGAGUGCGUGACUACUGACUACUGCUGGUUUAGGUUUUUUUUCUUUCAGGAUUAUAGUUUUUUAUGUAAACUUGACUAAGCUUGUGUCAUGUUUCCUGUUACUCGUAAACUGCUAGUAGAUGAAUCAUGUAGUAAUUCAGAUUUAUUUGAAUUUUUAUCUCAUGUGGUUAUAUCUAUUGUCUUCCAAUUUCACCCU